AUGCAGUUUGAAGCUGUCGCGACAAGGCCACAAAUUCUCCAAUGCAGCGCACAGUCUCCUUUCCCCUCCUUCUGUCCCUCACUUCAACCACGAACUGCCUGUCCACCCACCCUUUGGGUAACCCUCCAGACAGGUGGGGCACAUGUCGUCGUCGUCCAGCAGGGACAGCUCUGGGAAAGCAGGAAUGCAGUCGGUGGCACUGAGCAAGAAGAGCUAUCAUCACCAUGCAGCAGAACACUUCUGAGGCAGGCAGAGACAACAGGCCAGCGCACCUUGCAUGUCCUAUACCUUCCGUGUAGUGGCCUAGGCAAGCAUGCAGCUUCCCAGACCCAACCAUCCCAUGCUCACUGGAAUCGGACUUGGCAUGCUUGGGAUCUGCAUCAGAUUGCAUGGAGGAUACAGAGGCGUUCCUCAUUUUCCUCAGCGGCGACAGCAGCUGUUCGCGGGCCUGCGUGGUCUGCAUGGCAGUGGGAUCGAUCGUCUGAGGUUGAUGGUGCCUGGUGA